AUGGUGUGUGGGGACAAGUCAAGUGGCAAGCACUACGGGCAGUUCACCUGCGAAGGUUGCAAGAGCUUCUUUAAGAGGUCAGUGAGAAGGAACCUCACCUACACUUGUAGGGGCAACAGAGACUGUCCGAUAGACCAGCACCAUAGGAACCAGUGCCAGUACUGCCGGCUGAAGAAGUGCCUCAAGGUUGGCAUGAGAAGGGAAGGUGAGUGUUGGACUGACUGGGGGAGUUUUGGGUGGUUCUACCUAAUUUGUGCUCUGGUUUCCAAGGAAGGUUCCAGGUCUAUGAAUUGA